AUGGAUUUCCAGGGGGGCGGGAUAUAUGAUGACAGUCAUCGGAUGAGGAACUGAGGUCCCUGCGCUGUACUUGGCAACAGGCGUAGAUAUGUGCGGAAUCUUUGCCUAUCUGAACUACCAUGUGCCACGGACUCGCAGAGAGAUCCUAGAGAUCCUCCUCAAAGGCCUGCGCCGUCUGGAGUACCGUGGCUAUGACUCUGCUGGGGUUGGAAUUGAUGGAGGGAAUGGCAAGGAAUGGGAGGCCAAUGCCCGGUGUAUUCAACUGAUCAAGCAGAGUGGAAAAGUGAAGGCUCUUGAUGAUGAGAUCACCAGGCAACAGGACAUGGACAUGGAUGUGGAGUUUGAUGUUCACCUUGGCAUCGCCCACACUCGCUGGGCAACUCAUGGAGCCCCCAGCCCUGUCAACAGCCACCCACAUAGGUCUGACAAGAGCAACGAGUUUAUUGUCAUUCAUAAUGGGAUCAUCACAAAUUACAAAGACCUGCGGAAAUUCCUGGAGAGCAAGGGUUAUGAGUUUGAGUCUGAGACAGACACAGAGACCAUUGCUAAGCUGGUGAAGUACAUGUAUGACAACCGUGAGAGUGAAGACCUCAACUUUGCUACUCUGGUGGAGAGAGUGACACAGCAACUGGAGGGUGCUUUUGCGCUUGUCUUCAAGAGUGUCCAUUACCCUGGAGAGGCUGUAGGAACCAGGAGGGGAGGUCCUCUCCUUAUCGGGGUGAAAAGUGACCACAAGCUGUCGACAGAUCACAUUCCUAUCUUGUACCGAUCAUCCGGUAAGGACAAGAAGAGCUGCCCCACCCUGCCCCGGCUGGAGCAGGACACCUGCCAUACACUCUUCGCUGAGGACAAGAAGUCUGUGGAGUACUACUUUGCUUCUGAUGCCAGUGCGGUGAUUGAGCACACCAAUCGGGUCAUCUUCCUGGAGGAUGAUGAUGUGGCAGCAGUGACGGACGGACGGCUCUCCAUCCACCGCAUCAAGCGUACUGCUGGAGACCACCCCGCUCGCGCCAUCCAGACCCUGCAGAUGGAGCUGCAGCAAAUCAUGAAGGGUAACUACAGCUCCUUCAUGCAAAAAGAGAUCUUUGAACAGCCGGAGUCUGUGGUCAACACCAUGAGAGGAAGGGUCAACUUUGAUGACAACACGGUGACCCUUGGCGGACUAAAAGAUCACAUCAAAGAGAUCCAGAGGUGUCGACGACUCAUUCUUAUCGCCUGUGGCACUAGCUAUCAUGCUGGGGUGGCAACUCGCCAGGUGCUGGAGGAGCUGACUGAGCUGCCUGUUAUGGUUGAACUAGCCAGUGACUUCCUGGACAGAAACACACCAGUAUUCCGUGAUGACGUCUGCUUCUUCAUCAGUCAAUCAGGUGAGACAGCUGACAGCCUGAUGGCACUGCGUUACUGUAAGGAGAGAGGAGCCCUGACAGUGGGUGUCACCAACACCGUAGGCAGCUCCAUCUCCAGAGAGACUGACUGUGGAGUGCACAUCAACGCUGGGCCGGAGAUAGGAGUGGCCAGCACCAAGGCCUAUACCAGUCAGUUUGUGGCUCUGAUUAUGUUUGCGCUGUUGAUGUGUGACGACAGAAUCUCCAUGCAGCCACGACGACGUGAGAUCAUCCAAGGCUUGAGAGUUUUGCCAGACUUGAUCAAGGAGGUGCUGAGUCUUGAUGAUGAGAUCCAGAGCCUGGCCGCAGAACUGUACCAGCAGAAGAGUGUUCUCAUCAUGGGCCGAGGCUACCACUACGCCACUUGUCUAGAAGGAGCAUUGAAAAUCAAGGAGAUCACGUACAUGCACUCAGAGGGCAUCUUAGCUGGGGAACUGAAGCACGGGCCCCUAGCUCUGGUUGACAAACUCAUGCCUGUCAUCAUGAUCAUCAUGAGAGACCACACCUACACCAAAUGUCAGAACGCAUUGCAACAAGUUGUGGCCCGCUCGGGCAGGCCCAUUGUGAUCUGUGACAGGGAUGACUACGAGACAGCCAAGAGCUCGAGCCGCACCAUCAGAGUGCCCCACGGUGUGGACUGUCUGCAGGGCAUCCUGAGCGUCAUACCUUUGCAGCUGCUCUCCUUCCACCUGGCUGUACUCAGGGGCUUUGAUGUGAGUACCGCCUGUUUUCCUUCCACCUGGCUGUACUCAGGGGCUUUGAUGUGGAUUGCCCAAGGAACCUGGCCAAGUCUGUGACGGUAGAGUAAAAUGCCAUAUGAAGCCCCAAAAACGAUUUCAACUGACAGACACACACACACACACUCACGCAGUCGCAUGCACGCAGACACACACAGCAGAGAGUAGCGGUUACAGAGAUACUGUGCCAAGAAAGGCAAAGAGAAAAGACACAUUAUGUCUUGUGCCAAGCCUUUUCUUAUUAUUGUUUCUUGUGUACUAUAAACAUCUACUGUAUCUCACAGUCUGGUUACACAUUUGAAGGCAUUGUUAAAUUGCAUUCUUGUUUUGACAGUGGUGGCAGAGUAAGAGUUGGUAGUUAUGUCGGCAUUUGGAUUUUUGAGUUUCUGGACUGAAUGCAAUAGUCAAAUGCAAAACUGGAGAAAAGUCUGAGAGUUAGCUGGAGCUAUUUUGAAUGAGGGUCAACAGUGCUUAUAGCUUUAGUACACACAAUUAUUGCAUCUGAUUUUAUAUUUAAUUCUGCUAUUAAUCGACUGAAGAGUCAAUAGAGGACAUGAAAACUUUACUGAAGUUCUGGCUCUUCUGGUUUUUCAUUGAAGGAAUGAUCUGGUGAUUCGAUCAUCUUUCUUAGGCAGCUAGAAACAUUUAUCUAAUGUCAUUUGAGAAUCGUUUAUUACUAUUGAUGCAUCAUUCCAAGCCAUAGUCCUCUGAGUACAUCUGAAGUGCUUGGAAUAGACACAUUCUAACAGUACACAUUCCUUGUGUACACCAUGUUCUUUACCUAUCCAAUGUUGUAAGGAAUUUGCUAGUUACAGCAACUUGUUUACAAUAUGUUGAUACAGUCCUUGUUUGGCAGACUUCAUAUAGAAAAGUUUAGAACACGUUUGUCUACAUUAAGUUGGUUGAUUGACUGCAUUGGCUUAAAUCAUGUUUGGUAAUAUUGUGACAAUUUAACAAAGUAAUUUCCUAAGGAUGGACCAUGAAGAUCAGUUGAAUUAGGAUUGCCUUUAUGUUUAGGCAAAAUGUUGCUGUCAUGGGCUUUUGUAAUGUACGAUUAUUCAACAAUUUUGCCUCGUUGCUGAGGUUCCUUUGGGUCUUUACAAUAGAUAGUUUCAAUAUAAACCAUAAGAACCAUGUGAAUUGAAGUGCUUUAUCAGCACAAACAUCUUACCUACCCAUUGCCAUGGGACCAUUACUUUCCUUUUGUAUUCAUUAGUGUUUUUUUCUUUAAAAUGUUGUAUAGCCUUAACAGUGGAUAUCAAGUUUACUGACUCAAAUUCAGACCUUUUAUAUCAUCUUGUAACCAAAAGUAUGUAAGUGAAAUAAAUUGAUAUUCUCAAACAAACGCCAAAAUAAAUCAGUUAAUGCCUUAGUUUUAUAAAUGUGCAUUUAUCUAAGAUCUGACAUGAUUUGUUGUGAUUUUAUCCUGCUUUACGUAAACACGUGUGUACACUUGAUAUCCAUUGUAUUUUGUGAUGUUAUCCUUUGACCCAAAUGUGAUUGAUCGUGUAUGUGAGAUGUUGCUGGAAUCCAAAAAGGUCACUGUAUUUUGCUAUGGGUACUUAGUCCAAACAUCGAAUCACCCUUCUGUGUUAGUUAAGCAUUGAGUAACCAAAGGUGCGGUUAUAAAGAUGUUGGCUUUUUGCUUAAGUGGUAUUCCCAGAGCUUUUUAGACUAUGUAUCUGCUAUUUUUAAUGUAAUGGAAAAUCAUCUGGGCACUCCCAAAAAUGUAUUUAGCCAGUAAAUGUCUAGCUGUAAAAGGGUCACUGAAACUUUUCUAUAUGAAACUUGUAGUUAAUAAAUUAGUUUGCUUAUUAGUAUUUUCAUUAUUGAUUCCAUUAAGAUCUUUCUUGGUGUUGCAGUCCAACCUUAAACAUGUUUCUACCUGAAAAGUCAUCCUGCAUCUUUUCUUUCUUCAGUAACCACAUUUGGGUAAUGUUGAAUAACAAAAAAGUCAAGUGUGAUGGAAACAGGAUGUGUUGAAAAUAUCAAUUACAAUACAAUUUUUUCCAUUUGA